AUGGCUUGCAAUCCAUAUCUGGGAUACACCCACUUCCGCCUUUCCUCAGCGUCAGACUGCACGGGAUUUCAUUCGCAAUAUGCCGGCAUGGCCCUGCGCUUCUAUUCCAGCAAAGAGCAGUUGCAGCCGACUUGGGAGAUGAGCACCACGACUUGUGAAGUUGUGAUCUUCCGCAUGGACAGCUCCACAAUUCCCAUCGUCAGACUUGAGAUUGAGGGCACUAUUGGAAAGGUCUAUCAACUGGAAUGUGGCUGGUCGCAGUACACGUACACCAGUGUGGCCAUGUCCAUUUACAUGACGGCUUCGAUCCAGUACAAGUACUGCGACAUCUCGGUCUGUGAGUCGACCACUGCACCCACGCAGUCGUCGAGCACCACGUCGACGUCCACGCAGUUUUCUCCCAGUACAACCACAACCACCAUGACCACAGAGAGCACCACAACCACUGCGAGUACCACAACCACUACCACCACCACAACUUCAACUGGAGGUCAGACUGAGACCGUUCAGGAUCCCUGCAACCCAUUCGAUGGAACACGCUAUCUUCGUCUGUCAAACUGUGGACCGGUCUACAAUGCGGAUUGCAAUUCACGUUGGGAGCCUAGCUCAGUGGUCGCCUUCGGGCACCUUGUGGAUGUGGCGUCCUCGUCGCGUCCGAGGGAUGGGGAGCUGAGUGCUCCCAAGCGGAUCACUGCCUCCAGCACCUGGUGGCAUGAUUGGAGUGUCGGUUUGGGCUGCAGCUGCUUUCAAGAGGCGAAGUAUCGCAACGCCACGUUGGACCUGAACCUUCUUGGUGAUUUUUCCGUAACCAGUAUCUUGAUCACUCAAGGCACAUCUCCCAUCGACAACCUCUGCAUUGACUGCCUCGGAGAGAACAAUUGGCAUUCGCCGACUGGAACACCGGCGCCACCUUCUGCGAGUCUGCAAGUGAAGCUGUCUCGGGAGAAGACGAUCAUUCAGUGCGAUGCUGCAGGCUGCACGGCCACGCAGGAGCGGCCAGUCUGGCAAGAGCCACGCUGCGAAGCAGGCAGUGUGAGCAGCAGUAUUGAGCCUUUUCGGUCGAAGCUUUGGAGCCUGCUGGUGCUUCUCUACAUGGCCAAGUCGUGA